CAAUCAUGUGCUACAACCUUUCUCCCACGUAGCAAAGCACAAUGUGGACAGAGAUUCAAUCUCCUGAGAUAAAUAAAACAUCGGUGGAAGGAUUAAGUGUAUAUUGAAACAACAAAUCAUCACUUAAGACGCAUCAAGGAGGUGUGAUGGAUGUCAGACUCACAGUGUGAACUCAACAAUGUGUGAGUCAGCGAUCCGUCUCUCUGAGCAUUAGCAGUCACACCUGGCAGGAUGAAUUACCUCGCUCACACAGCUCACCUGCAGUUCCUGGGCCUGGUGGCCGGGAUCCUGGCUUGGAUCCUCAUCAUGGUCACAACCGGCCUCAAUGAGUGGCGGCUGUGGCACGUGGCCGACAUGUCUGUCAUCACCUCGGGCGUGGCCUGGGUGGGCAUCUGGAAGGCGUGCUUCUUCAGUCAGGCCCUUCCCAGGAUGGAGAACUGUGAGAGCAUCGGCAUCUCGGACACCUUUGCCCCUACGGAGAUCCCCGUGGCUCAGGUGAUGAUGGUGCUGGCGGUGAUCUGUGGCCUAGCGGGGAACAUCAUCGCUGCAGUGGCCAUGAGGAUGGUCUACUUCUCCGUGGAGGAUCGUAGGAGCAUAAGGCUGGUCUUUGUGCUGGCAGGGACCCUGUAUGUGCUGACGGGGACGUUCUGCUUGGUGCCACUAGUGUGGAACAUGAGCUCUGUGCUGAAAAACAGCACCAUAGACUUCCCUCCUGAGUUCCACCUCCCUGCAGCUCCUGUCAGGCAGCAAGUGGGCUCAGCCAUCGGAGUGGGCAUCUUUGCCUCCAUACUGAUGCUCUUCAGCGGGCUGGUUUUCCUCAGCUACCGUUACGCCUGGGCGGCCCUGAGUGUAGAGGCCCCCAGAGGCACCAGGGACCCGCUCCAGGGAGACACGACCCUGACAACAAAUUUUGAAUUACGAAAAGGAGACAACCAGGGCAGGGAUAAUCCUGCAUUUCACACUGAAGAAGUCUCAUAGUGGAAAAACUUAACAUCAAGAACUAUUUACUACACUUUAUUGCUAAUUUACAAUCUUGGAUUUUCAUCUUUUUCAUCCAAGGGAACGUUUAAAGAUUCAAAGCACUGUGCCACUGAAUCACAACAAUGUUCAUUGACUUACAGUGUGAGUUUCUCUGGAACAUCAGCCAUGUCAUAUCACUAGAAGAACUGUGAACCACACAUUGAACCAGGAGGGUACAUCAAAAUACAGCAUCAUCCAUUAGUUAUUAUCACUGGGCCAUAAUCUGAAAAAAAAAAAAAAAAAAUUUAACUAUUACUACCUGAAAAAAACCACCAUAUAUUUUCUUAUUAAAUGGAGGGAUAUCUAUUACUUGCACAAAAGACCAAGUGGAAAAGUUUACAAAUGUAGGUUACUAUAGCAACCUACAUUUCUUCCCAGCGGAAAGCGGUCAUUUUCAACCACCACUUGUAGGGUUUUUCGACCAGAGCCGGUUAAAAUGGUAAAUUGGAAAUUAACAAUAACGUUAGCAAGUUACCAACCAUUCCAAACACGAAAACAUUAUUAGUCUUAACUUGACUAAUUUCACUUAAAUGUACCUUUCGAAAUAUCUUCAAGUGGUGGUUGAAAAUUAUCGCUUUCCGCUGGGAAAUCUCUGGUUACGGGGGGAAAAUGGAAGUGGCAGUUAUCUAGCUAGAGUCCAUCUUUCAACCUGCAAUUACACAUUUUUUCCACCAAUUUGGAACAGUGGAACAAAAACAACACUGAUUUGACUUUGUAGGUUAACCUGAAAUAUCCAGCACAUUAUUUAGCUUCCGUUAGCUCUCUACUGUAAUUUCCCAGCUUGGGAUAAAAAAAGUAUAUCUAUCUAUCUAUCUAUCUAGCUACUAAACAUGUUUACCAGUUUGUUGCAAAUUUUAGCUUCCCUGCCAUUUGAACUGGAAAGAUAGCUUUCAGUGGGGCUUGUUUGUAGUUAUGUGUCAUUUAACAUUAACAUUAACUCUUGGAGAAGUUAUUUAGUUUACAUUAGUUCUUUAGCUGCUAAAUCCUCCAUUGUGUUUACCAGGUUAUCUGUAACCUUGUCUGUCAUUUGUACUGGAAGGCUAGCAUACAUUUUUGCUGUUGUAAAUGUCCCCCUUAUCAAUGUAAAUCCAAUAUAAGUUUUCAUUUUAGCUCUGUUUUGGUUUUCAGUAACUCCAGAAAGAAAUAAUUAGCUUAAGUUAGCUGUAAAGCUGCUAAAUGCUCCAAUAUGUUCACCAGCUUGUGGUUAACUUCCUCUGUCUGGUAUUUGUGCCUAUAUGCUAGCGUACGAUGGGAGCAACUUUGCGUUUUUUUUAAGUUGUGUUUAUAACCACCAGGCAAACAUAGGUUUAAUAUUAACUCUAAUUUUAGUUGUUUUGGUUUUCACUUCUGACGGAAGGUAUUCAGCCUAAAUUAGCUCUUUAGCUGCUAAAUACUCAACCAUGUUCUACAGCUUGUUGCUAACAUUGUCUGCCCAUUUGUGCUGGUGUACACUUGGGGAGGGUUUUUUGUGUGCUGAAAACAGUUGACUGGCCGAAAAGAACACUGUGAGAGCUUUGAGAGUGAAUCAAAGCAAAAAAAGUUAUGGGCAGAAAACUAAAACAGUAAGCUGAAAGAUGCUUAAACACUCUGCAGGGCUGUGGGGAGCUGAAGAGUUGGUGAUAAUUAUACAUUGGUUCAUUACACGUACACAUAGUCAUUUGUAAAAAUAAAAAAAUAAAAAAGAUUAUAGCUGCUUUACAAUGGAGUAUUAGGGCCACAUUUAGGAGGGAAAAAUUUAAUUGCGAGAUUACAGUCGAAAAUAUUGAAUUAAUUACGAGAAUAAAGUCAUAAAUACUUUAUUCUCAUAAAGACUUUAUUCUCAUCAUUAAUUCAAUAUUUAUGACUUUAUUUUUAUUUUUUCUAAAUGUGGCCCUAAUACUCCAUCAUACUACUUUGAUGUUGUACUGUAAUAUAAGAUUUUGUGUAUGAUAUGAGUUCCUGCUGUCAUCAA